AAUGAAAAGUUCUAGUAAGUAUCGAUGCUGUCAAUUGUUGAUUCGAUUACACACAAAAAAUGUCCGUUUGUUGUGAUUGUAUGUUAACUAGGACAUCUAUUUAUGGGAAUCUAAUGGCAUCAAAGUUACGUCGACUAUAUGGUUUAAAAAAAAAACAACACACACACUUUCCGAUUCUGAGAUUACAAGAAGAAGUGAUUCCGUACAUUUCGAAGUGCUGCUUGCCUGGGAAACAGACAGAAACUAAAGGAGAUAGUUUCAAUAGUUUCAAGUUUGUAUAACUUCCAGAGGGCAGCACUGGCAAGAUCAGAUUCCUUCCAGCCAUGCUGCGACACUCUACGUCAGCGCAGACCCACAAGAAGCUGAAAUUGAAGAAUGGACCAAAGGUCAUCAUUAGAGACUUGGUGGACAGCGAACUCACCGACGUGUAUAGCCUUAUUCAACUUCCGGAAGUCUUCGAUAAAGGUUUUGGACUUGAGACCUAUCCAGAUGAAGCGAACUUCAAGAAAAAAAUGACACUGGCGGACAAGUAUGUCCUUGAGGAGGACGUCAACCAGAACAUCAUUGCUUACAUCAUCCUUCACAAAAGUAGGUUCAACAGAGGCGUCCGUAACGCGGACGCCUUAAUCAUCGUCCGCCCAGAAUGCAUGUCUCCCGACGUUCUGGAAACUUGUCUCUCUCUAGCCACUUCGCUAGCCCGCGCUGCAAGAUUUCGGGGCCUCUACGUCGACACCUUCGCCUCUAAUACAGAGGUGAUGAAGGCUGUGAGAGGUAUACCUGGUUUCUCAGAGGUGGCACAACUUCCUAGCUGGACACUUGACCACAGUGACGUAACCAGUAUUAUAUUUUACAAGGAACUGGAUAUACGAACUCAAUGUUUUCAAUGUUGUAUAUAAAGUUGUAUUUAAAGUUUUAUAUAAAGUUGUAAAUAAAGUUGUUUCUUUUGAUUUUGUGAGUAAAAUCUUAAUCUAAUGAAGAACUUAAUAUAUAUAUAUAUAUAUUUUAACUACAAUUUCAAACCAUAUGUAUAAAUGUAAAUGAUGUAUAUAGCAAUUAAAGAGAGAGAGAGAGAGAGAGAGAGAGAGAAGAAAGAGAACGUUUAACUUGAAAGAUAACGUGAGAAGGAGAGAAAGUCGGAGCUAGAAGAUAAUGAUAGAGAGAAAAAAUAAUAGAUAAAGAGGAAAAGAGUGAAAAAAAAAGAGUAUUAUAGAAAAAGAGAGAAAGAGUGUGCGAGAAAGAGAGAUGGAGAGAGCGUGGCAGAGAGAAAGACCUUCAUUGACAACGCUAACUAUAUUACUUGUGAUAUUAUCUUAUUAAAUAAUAUGUUCACCCAGUGAAAAACUAUCUUAUUUUUUUUUUUUCUGUUUAGAUUUCCCCAGAAAAAAAAAUAUUGUCUCAGCUGAUGCUUUUCUGUGUCAAAUAUCAACUUUUAGCAGUGGCGAUAUGAUAGGCAAUGUAAAACGCGAGUUGAUAGGCAAUGUAAAACACAUGAUGAUAGGCAAUGUAAAACACAUGAUGAUAGGCAAUGUAAAACGCGAGUUGAUAGGCAAUGUAAAACACAUGAUGAUAGGCAAUGUAAAACACAUGAUGAUAGGUCAUGUAAAACA